AAAAAAAAACCACACAGACAUACAAAGCAGCUCUGAAAAUUUGAAAAGGAUAAAGAAGAAUUUCUGAAAAGCUGUUUAAAAUCUUAAAGUGGCUUUCAAUCCAAAAAAAAAAGAAGAAAACACAAGGACGUAUGUAUGUCACACUUGGAUUGUCAAAAUAAAUUUUCGAAAAAAAAAUGGCACACUUGGAUUGGAUUGGAUAGUUUGCUGAGAUUUUGAAAAUAGAGAGGUUUUGGAUAUUGUACCCAAAAUAAAUAGAAAAUACAAAUGUGGACUACAUAACUUUUACUGAACUCUUUCAUCUGUGUCUGUUUAACCUCUUGAGUAGAUUUGGAGUUGGUCAUUGGUGGGUCGUCCUCAUUGUGGUCUACAAAUCCAGAUUCAUCUUCAAAAUCGGGUCUCUAUUAUUAAUGGGUACUUGGGUAGUCUAGUCUUUGGAGUUUCUUGUAGAUUACAAGUUUCUGUUGCUUUCGUGGUUUGUUCAUGGUGGUUCUUUAAUGGGUUAUUAAUAUAUAAUUGUUUUUAGAGAGAUAGAGUGAGAGAAUUAGUGAGAGAAAGAGAGGAAGAUGGCAGAGAAACCUGAAGUUCUGGAGGCUGUUUUGAAGGAGGCAGUGGAUUUGGAAAACAUACCUGUUGAAGAAGUUUUUGAGAAUUUGAGAUGUAGCAGAGAGGGCCUCACUAGUGAGGCUGCUGAACAGAGAUUAGAGCUUUUUGGCCACAACAAGCUUGAGGAGAAGAGGGAGAGCAAAUUCUUGAAGUUUUUGGGGUUUAUGUGGAACCCUCUGUCAUGGGUUAUGGAAGCUGCUGCUAUCAUGGCGAUUGCCCUUGCCAAUGGAGGAGGAAAGCCUCCUGAUUGGCAAGAUUUUGUGGGUAUCAUUACCUUGCUUGUGAUUAACUCAACAAUUAGUUUCAUUGAGGAGAACAAUGCUGGCAAUGCAGCGGCUGCUCUCAUGGCUCGCCUCGCUCCAAAAGCCAAGGUUCUUCGAGAUGGAAGGUGGAGUGAGGAAGAUGCUGCUAUUUUAGUGCCUGGGGACGUAAUUAGUGUAAAACUCGGAGAUAUAAUUCCUGCAGAUGCUCGGCUUCUUGAAGGUGAUCCGUUGAAAAUUGACCAGUCUGCUCUCACGGGCGAGUCCCUUCCUGUUACAAAAGGCCCUGGAGAUGGUGUUUACUCUGGUUCUACUUGCAAACAGGGAGAGAUUGAAGCUGUGGUCAUUGCCACCGGGGUUCACACCUUCUUUGGAAAGGCUGCUCAUCUUGUUGAUUCUACUAACCAAGUGGGCCACUUUCAAAAGGUCUUGACCGCAAUUGGAAAUUUUUGCAUUUGUUCUAUUGCCGUGGGGAUGAUAAUAGAGCUUAUUGUGAUGUACCCCAUUCAAGACCGAAAAUAUCGCCCCGGGAUUGACAAUCUUCUUGUGCUUCUAAUUGGAGGAAUUCCAAUUGCCAUGCCCACAGUGCUAUCAGUGACAAUGGCUAUUGGUUCUCAUCGCUUAGCUCAGCAGGGAGCUAUUACAAAGAGAAUGACAGCAAUAGAAGAGAUGGCAGGAAUGGAUGUUCUUUGCAGUGACAAGACUGGAACUCUGACAUUGAACAAGCUUACUGUUGACAAGAACCUUAUUGAGGUUUUUACCAAAGGAAUAGAUGCCGACACUGUUGUUCUGAUGGCGGCUCGAGCCUCCCGUGUAGAAAACCAGGAUGCUAUAGAUGCUGCCAUAGUUGGGAUGCUGGCUGAUCCAAAGGAGGCACGUGCUGGCGUUCGAGAGGUGCAUUUCCUUCCCUUCAAUCCUACCGAUAAGCGAACAGCGUUGACUUAUUUUGACAGCGAAGGCAAAAUGCAUAGGGUUAGCAAAGGUGCACCUGAACAGAUUCUAAAUCUUGCACGCAAUAAGUCAGAAAUAGAGCACAGGGUUCAUUCUGUGAUUGAUAAGUUUGCAGAGCGAGGUUUGCGAUCACUUGCUGUAGCAUACCAGGAAGUCCCAGAUGGAAGGAAAGAGAGUUCUGGAGGCCCAUGGCAGUUCAUUGGUCUCAUGCCUCUCUUUGACCCGCCCAGGCAUGACAGUGCGGAGACAAUUCGAAGGGCUUUAAAUCUAGGAGUAAAUGUUAAAAUGAUUACAGGGGAUCAACUUGCAAUAGGAAAGGAAACUGGGCGCCGCCUGGGAAUGGGAACCAACAUGUAUCCUUCAUCUGCUUUGCUGGGUCAGAACAAGGACGAGUCUAUUGCUGCUUUACCAAUUGAUGAGCUCAUAGAGAAAGCAGAUGGUUUUGCUGGUGUUUUCCCUGAGCACAAAUACGAGAUAGUAAAGCGCUUGCAAGCAAGGAAACAUAUCUGUGGAAUGACUGGUGAUGGAGUUAAUGAUGCUCCUGCUCUGAAGAAGGCUGACAUUGGGAUUGCUGUUGCUGAUGCAACUGAUGCAGCUCGUAGUGCUUCUGACAUUGUCCUUACUGAACCUGGCCUUAGUGUUAUCAUUAGUGCUGUUUUGACAAGUCGAGCUAUAUUUCAGAGGAUGAAAAAUUACACUAUUUAUGCUGUUUCUAUUACAAUUCGUAUUGUGCUUGGUUUCAUGCUGCUGGCCCUGAUAUGGAAGUUUGAUUUUCCACCAUUUAUGGUGCUUAUCAUUGCAAUCCUAAAUGAUGGUACCAUCAUGACUAUAUCAAAGGAUAGGGUGAAACCAUCUCCGCUACCUGACAGCUGGAAGCUGGCUGAAAUUUUCACAACUGGCAUCGUUCUUGGUAGUUACUUGGCAAUGAUGACAGUCAUAUUUUUUUGGGCGGCAUACAAAACAAACUUUUUCCCUCGGGUAUUUGGAGUGCCAACUCUGGAGAAAACAGCUCACGACGACUUCAGAAAGCUUGCUUCAGCUGUAUAUCUUCAAGUGAGCACCAUCAGUCAGGCUCUCAUAUUUGUUACACGAUCUCGAAGUUGGUCCUUCGUUGAGCGUCCUGGGUUGUUGCUUGUGGUGGCUUUUGUGGUUGCUCAAUUGAUUGCUACUUUGAUUGCGGUUUAUGCAAACUGGAGCUUUGCUGCAAUUGAAGGAAUUGGAUGGGGCUGGGCUGGUGUGAUUUGGCUUUUCAAUAUCAUCUUCUACUUCCCGCUUGAUUUUAUAAAGUUCUUUAUUCGCUAUGCUCUUAGUGGGAGGGCAUGGGAUCUUGUUCUCGAGCAAAGGAUUGCCUUCACUAGGCAAAAGGAUUUUGGGAAGGAACAACGAGAACUUAAGUGGGCACAUGCUCAAAGAACUCUUCAUGGGCUGGACGUACCCGACCCCAAAAUGUUUAGUGACAAAACUAACUUCACUGAGCUUAAUCAGAUGGCUGAGGAAGCCAAAAGGAGAGCUGAAAUAGCAAGGUUGAGAGAACUAACCACACUGAAAGGUCACGUAGAAUCGGUGGUAAGAUUGAAGGGUCUCGAUAUAGAAACAAUUCAGCAAUCAUACACAGUCUGAGGAGAUGAUAUAUUCUAGAGAUGUAAUUCACUGGUGCCGAGACUAAAGACAUAUAAAUCAGCAUGUAGUUGUGAGUUACCCUUGAAAUAGCCAUUUCAAUUUGUGCAACUGUGCUUUCCAUUUUCAGAUCUCAGGAUGCCUGCAUCAGUUCUUAUUUGUUUAUGUUUUUUUUUUUGUUUUUGUUUUUUUGGUCAUGUCUUCCUUCACAUGUUUCUGCAAUACCCUAACUGGGAGGCAAGUACUGAUAAUGUUUAUACAAGAAAUGUUUUGGUCC